AUGCAGAAAGCAAGAAACGCACGAGAGGAGGCCGACGAUGACGCCUUUCGUUCUUCGCGCAAGCGCAAAGUGCAGUGGGCAGAUGUGAAUGCCGAGAACAAAGAGCUUGCAAUUCCCUCUCCAUCACGUUUGGCCACGUACGCCGAUGACGCCGUCCAUUCAAAUUCUCGAGUAGACGAGCAUGGCAUGCUUGUUUCCAUCGAUCGAGAUUCCGACCAGCCGGUGUCGCUCGACCCAAGCAAUGCGGCUCAAAAGCAGUACCUAGCAUCCGAAAUUUACAAUCCUAUAGAAUAUGGCGAUUUUGGAUCCUACAUGAAACACAAGCGUGCUAAGCUCAAGGUGCAAGAAGCUUCGCUCCUUCAAGAGGAAGAAGCCCUCCUGCGUGUAAGAGUUCCGCAAGCCACUACCACUGACAAACAGGGCCACCAUCUGGCUGCUGAAAUCCAGUCCAACGCCGGCAAGCGGUCAGAUGCGCUCAAGGGAUGCUGCGUCUACAUCAACGGUCAGACUCAUCCCCCCUACAGCGAGCUUCGGCGCCUCCUAGUUCUUCACGGCGGAGACCUCAUGGCCUAUCUCGAUCAAAAGACGCCAGUCACGCACAUUGUAGCUUCCAACCUCACACCGAAAAAGCGAAUCGAAUUCAAGGACUACAAAGUCGUGCUACCCGGCUGGAUCUUAGAGAGCAUUGAACUGGGAAGAAAGGCAGACUGGAGAAAGUGGCGAUGCGAUGCCAAUACCGGGUCCAAUGGGCACACGUCCAAAAGCAUCAUAUGCAAGAAUGACGGCGAUCCAUCUACAAGUAUCGUACCCUUGGGAGACUGGCGCAACUCGGAUCGGACUGCCAAGCCGCCAAGGCAGCUUCCACGGAUUGGAGAAGAGGACGAGAGUCCUUGGGGGAAACCCACAAAUCAGACCAAUCUUCUGAACGGGUUCAAAAGAAAGCAGGGUUCACCUACUGCAAAGGAUCUGCCGACAUUCUUCACUGAACAGAGUAUACCAGCACCUUUGCCGAAGCCCAAGAGCGAGUCAUCGCAGACUCGGAGGGAAACCACUUUCAAAGGCGUCCGUUUCGGAGCAAAGCAAAUAAUCCAGCCAGCUACAUCAAUUUUAUCAAGUGAACCCACAAGUACGUCCUCAUCUGUACACUUAGCCUCUUCUGCUGCCACGGAGAGUGUCAAUGUACGCAGACUUCACGAAACUCGGUCUCAUCCGACAACAAAGGAAGCUCGGGCGCCGGAGGAUAGCAUCGUUACCCCUACGAAGCCCAAAGGGAAAUUUGAUUCCAGCAUCGGCACCGACCCGGCUUCCAAGAAGGCGGCUAUCGCUGUCAGUCGUGGUCACUACGCAUCGCGACCCUCCAACACAUAUGCUGCUCGACUGCUCGCCAGUCCUAGCUGGCGGGAGCGCAACACUGCUACCUCUGAAGGCUUUCUUGCCGGCUAUUUCGCCAAGUCGCGUCUUCAUCACUUGAGCACAUGGAAGUCAAGUCUGCAAGAUAUGGUUAGCUCAGCUCUUCGAGAAGCAGGUCGUCCGCUUGGUAGCUCGGAUUUACCCAAAGGAGUUCAACGUGUCAUUAUGCACAUUGACUUUGACAGCUUCUUUGUCGCCGUCGGUCUGAAGAAACGACCCGACUUGAAAGAUAAGCCGGUCGUCGUGUGUCACGGUACAGGCUUUGGUUUGCCAGCUGCAAAGGCUGGGGACGAAAAUCGACCAGCAGAUAAUCAGUCUUCGAGUACCUCGGAGAUUGCCUCGUGCAGUUACAAAGCGCGCGAAUUUGGCAUCCGCAACGGGAUGAGCCUUGGUCAGGCGAAACGUCUUUGCUCACACGUCGAGACGAUUCCUUAUGACUUUGAAGCGUACAACUCGGUUAGCCUUACCUUUUAUACCUUUUUGCUCGAGCAUUCGGAUGCGCUCCAGGCGGUGUCGGUGGACGAGGCGCUUGUUGAUGUGAGCCUCCUUCUACAGAGCAUGCGAGACGGCGAUACCAAUGACGGCUCGUUGUACCAACGAUAUCGGGAUCACCUUGGCUCGCAAGGCCAAGUGUGGACCGCCGAAAAGCAGCUCGCAGAAGCUUUUCGGGAUGAGAUCCGAGACCGCUGCGAAUGUGAAGCCAGCAUUGGCAUCGGCUCCAACAUCCUUCUUGCAAGACUUGCCACUCGCAAAGCCAAACCGGGCGGCUCCUUCCAUCUCACCGACGACGCCAAGCAGCUGUUUUUGAAUGCGCUCGACGUUGACGACUUGCACGGUAUCGGAUGGAGCCUCCGCGAUCGGAUUCGAGAGCUUUUCCAGACGAUCAACAUCGGCGAGAUCCUCUCCAAGACAAACAAACGCAGAAUGAUGGCAGAGUUCGGCCCCAAAAAGGGCAAGAUGAUCUGGGACAGGAUGCACGGCAUCGACGCUGAUCGGCUCGAGGGCAACAAGCUCCGGCAAUCUGUGGGUUCGCAUGUCAACUACGGCAUUCGGUUUCUGACUGAACAGGAGGCGGAGAAUUUUGUAACUGGCAUGUGUCAGGAGGUAUCCCAGAGAGCGAAGGCUGUCAAGUUGAGGGGAAGACAGGUCUCGGUGCAGGUGAUGGUGCGCGCUAAGACUGCGCCGGUGGAAGCGCCCAAGUUCCUAGGUCACGGUGUGUGCGAUACACAUCAUCGAAGUGCACCGGUGAGUGGGCCAGGUGGUGUGGCGAUUGAUGAUGAAGCGCGAAUCAGAGCAGCUGCUUGGCCACUUAUUCGAGAUCUGAAAGCGGAUCCAAAGGAACUGCGUGGUAUCGCUAUCAGUUUGAACAAACUCGAACCUGCAGAUGCGAAUGUGUUGUCGCCGGCCAAGUCGACAGGGGGACAAGCGAUGCUUCGAUUCGGCUCUGUUGCGCAGUCGUCCAGCUCAAAACUGGUGUUAGCUGCUUCUAAGCGUAGCGCGCGCGAUGCAGAGGAAGCUAGCAACGCUAGUGAUGUAGAGCAGCUGGACGAACCUGGUAUUGAACUGCCUGCUUCACUCGAAAAGGGACCAGAUGCUGCGACUCCAAGACGACCACAGGACACAGACAAGUGCAAGCGUACCUCUAACAGGCCAUCGCCAAGUGAAGGUAGCCCAAUCAAAAUGCCUUCAGCGACCCAGCUGAUGCUGCCCUCAAAGUCACAAAUCGACCCAGACGUCUUUGACGCGCUUCCGACGCAGUACCGUCGUCAGAUUGAGGCUAAGCUCGGCCCUCCUCGGGGCAAUUCGCUUACGGACAACUUCGAGGCCGAUCUUGUCGAAGAAGAAUCACCUGACACCACCCGACGUCUUCCUCAGAGCCGAACAGGAUCGCAGACGCUCCCGCGAGUGCUACCACGUUCGACACCGACUACACCGCAAAAAGCCAAAGUCACCCCCUCUCCAGCGAUGGCGGAAGCGCUCAUGCUACCUUCGGCCUCUCAAAUUGAUCCUGUUGUUCUCGCCGAGCUGCCUGACUCGGUCCGCAAAGAAAUUGAACGUCAGCUUGGUUUUCUGCACCACGAGGUGCCCUCCGCUCCAUCGUCGGUGGAAAGCACCCCGACGUCCAAGACCCGAAAGAAGGUCGCCAACACUUCCACUUUACUCCAUUUUCUGCAGCGCGACACUUCAAAAGUCACCGAUCGACACAACUCGCUUUUCAGGUCGAUUUCGGAAUCGCCGACGAAGGAACGCGUUGUUCAUCGCCUUGAUCGAGACGCGCUUCUUGUUAUGGACCCGGCGAAGAUCUCGUUAUCGCAACUGGAGGCAGUAGGGAUAGACGCCGAAGUGUUCCAGGCUCUACCGAUGGAUUUACAACGCGAGACGUUUCAGUUUCAUUCGGAACAGAAAAAGUCUGAGAAAGCGAGGUUUAAGGCAGGAAAAAGUAGUGGGUUUGAAGAGCUCACGUUGGCCGAGCAGCGUAGAAGAGAGACGGUGCGAGCCGCGCUCAAGGAGAAGGAGGCUCGCACGAGGGUAGAAGAGCGGCUACGGGGGAAUCGUACUGCUAGCAAGGGCACCUAUGCAGUUGCGUUAGCGGCAGAGGGUCAAGGUGAUGUGGCGAGCGAUCCUCCAGCAUAUCUGAUUGCCAGGCCGAAAUGGCGGGUCCCAAGCGAGGCUUCCGUCAUCCUUAACACAGCUAACGCCGAAAAGUCCAGCAGAGACAUACCGACCAUUCGGGGACUAAGCCACCCGCGCGAUGUCGAGAUUUUGUUGUCCCAAUGGAUAUCGGCUUUCGCACGUAAAGGUCCCAGAGAAGGUGACGUGAAUCGCAUCGCUACGUAUUUAGCCGACGUGGUCCGCACCGCGUCCGUCACGCGCGUAGAGGACACGCAAAAGGCGAGCUCGUUACUCGGCUUCAUACAAGAACGGCUGGAUGAGGUGCAGUACAAGAUAGACGAUGGAUUUGCGUCUGAAGAGUGGGAAACUGCCAAGCGCAAGAUUCGAGAUGCGGUACAGGCGAAAUCGAGGGAGGUAUUUGGUGGCGCCGAGCUCGAGGAGUGA